UAUUUUUUUUGGGAACAGCUGUUGAAAGAAACAUUUCUACAGCAGGUUUUUUUCUCUGGACUCCUUUUUGAGUUUUUGCUUUAAGUUUUAUCAGAAAAAUGUUAAAAUUAACUAAAUUUAUAGCACAAAAUGUGAGUGUUAGCAAUUUAACGGGCACACGAACACUGACAGUUUCAGCUUUGAGAGCCACAACGUCUCGCAAUACCGAUGAACCUGUUGACAUUAAGAAUCCCUUUGAAAAGGAACGUAAAGUGUGCAUUUUGUGUAAGCAUGACAUAACACCCGAUUACAAGAAUGUCAAACUAUUAUCACAAUUCCAAUCUCCAUACACCGGCCGAAUUUAUGGUCGCCACAUUACCGGAUUAUGUAAACAAAAGCAAACAGAGGUGGAGAAGGCCAUAAUAAGGGCACAGAAUUGCGCCAUGAUGCCCACAUACCAUAAGGAUUUAGACUUUAUGAAAGAUCCCAAAUUAUUUGAUCCCGAGAAGCCCAUCAGGCCUCAUAAAUAUUAAUUUAAAUUAUCUUUGAGUUAAAUAAAUAGCAAGUUUUUGUUUAAUAUUUAAUUAAA